AAAAGUACUUCCAGAUUAAUGUUGCAGUUGGGCAAUCCUGACGUGUGAGUCGCGCGUUUCUCCCUUCUUCUGGGCAGAGCAGCUUCCAGUAAAAAUUUCCCUUCGAAAACGUGAAACAGUGUAGCCGACAGCGGGGUAUUGACUACUUGAGACUGUUCACUCUCCGUUCACAAAAUAUUACUAUCACAACACAUUCCAACUGUGCACUCCCAAGUUGCGUCUCUUUACGGAACAAGGUUGACUAGUGCUGUGGCAUUUGUCAUUGCGAAUCAGACAAAAUGUCGUGGUAUUUCGCAAGUCUACCUUCGGCAUCGGAUCGUUGCUUGGACGCCUCAACAAGAUCGACUCUUCAUCAACUUCUGAAAAACGAAGAAGAACUGAGCAGUUUUCAGCGUACUAGAGUAUGUCCAGGAGAUUGUCAACGGAGACUUUUGGAUAGUCUCAUCACUCCUCCUUUCUUCUUUAGAGGCGAGGCACCAUCUGGUCUCGGGGAUUACAGCGACGUUCCGUUUCAUCAGCUUCCCAGAACUUUUUUGGGAAGUGAGCCAGCAAUAGCUCCGGCUGAGAUGCGCAGCCUGCGUUUUCCACUCCCGGCUAAGCUCAACGCUAUUCUUUCCAACCAUGAAAAUGAGCAUAUUGUUUCUUGGAUGCCGCACGGACAAGCAUGGCGAAUUCAUGAUCUUGAUCGAUUCCGUGAUCAGAUUCUACCUGUUUAUUUUGAUUGCGGCUCAUGUGCUGGUAGCAUCAAUGCAUUUUUGCGCCUUUUAAAGCUUUGGGGGUUCCGUCAGCUCGCGCAUGGACCCGACAUUUCCGCAUUUUAUAACGAGAUGUUUCUUCGAGGCAUGCCGAAUCUGCAUAGACUGAUGCGCGCUUUCGACAGCAAUAUAAGGCAAUCUCUUUAUACCACCCCUGAGCCCAAUCUAUCAGCUUUUCCCGUGUUGCAAUACAACCAGCCUGCGUCUCGAAUAGACCCGACUUCAAACGCGCUACACUCGCUCAAAAUGUCCCGAGAUCUUCACUUUCGCUCGCUGGUGCUAUCUUCUAUGCUACUUUCAAAGGGCGCGUUGUGCAAAAAGGGGUCAUCCGUUGUUUCUUCACAAAAGAGCAGAGCGUCUUUUUGCAGCAAUACCAAAGAGGAGACUUCAGACCUUGAUGGUUUAGAUUUAAAUACUGGCUUGCUUGCAGCACAGGAGCUUCACUUGAGCAGCAUGGCGAACAUGAAUCAAGAUCGGCAAGUUGAUAAAUCCCAAGGCCUGGCUUCGGGUUUGGUUCGCAUCGGAUUCUGUGGUAGGAAAGAUUUUGCCGGUAGCCGUUUAGAGGACCCUGAAAAACUCCAGCCCACCAAGAAUGGAACAGGGUCAGAAUCAGUCGUAUGCCCCGUCUCGUCCUCUUCAAACCUGAUGACAAGAAAAGGGCGGAAAAGAUGGCUGCCUUCAUUGGGCCCCAAGCAAACAUUUUCUGGUCCCGAUCCGGGCUUAUGCGAGUGGUUUUGUACCAAUCCAGAAGUGUUUGCUUCCUUGGCAGACUCGCCGCAAUCUUGAUGAGAAAGGUGGAUGUGAGAAGGAGAUACCCCGUGCAUCAUAACAGUUGAUGAGAUUUUCUUUUUGUUUUCAUUCCAUUCAAAAAUUGACAGUAUUUUAAAGAAACGAAUAUAAUGU